GUUGCCAUCGUAUUGGAAUUUUAACAUCACUACAAUAGAACUGGCAAACCUGAAACACCAUCUCGAGUAUAUGUCAAUUUUAUAGGUAUCCGUUCCUUCAUAUUGUUGUGGCGUGGCUCUUGUUGUGAGAUGUCACCCUGGCAGUCACAAGACGUGGACAUACCUCUGGAUGUACACCCGGAUCUAAACCAGAAAUAGUCGUUGUUCUACUUACCUUCUGCAUCAACGGCAGCCGAUGCUACUAGCCGGAACAUGCAUUUAUGAGUCGUUCUGUGCCAGGAAUAUUAACACACGGAAUGAAUAUCUCCUUCAGCAAGAUUUCACGGAAUAAUUUUCAAGGAGAACUUUGUACAGUGUACCAUUUUGCAACCCUGCGUUAUCUAGUCUUAUCUCCUGGGGUCAUUAACAGUUAAUUAUAGAUAUGUCUGCAAGACAUGUGAUUCUAGGACGUUUGUGGGAGCGUCUAAAUCAUUAGGAAAACAUUGGUGAUAAUAUGUGGACGAUCACCAUCCUCGUUAAAAGGACUUGUGAACUGACGAAACAAACCAGGGUGUCGGAUGAACUGCCAUUCGGAACAAUAGCCACUUCGCAUUGUCCUGUGAGCAAAACUUUCUUCGUCGCGGGAGUCUGACUGUCAAUGAAGAUAGAGCUGUGACGCUGAGGCGCACACAAAGCCGCACAACAAGGUGUUGACAUUGGGACUGUUACGUCGUUAGUGAACCGUGUCGGUAUGAGCUUGUGUCUCUGAUUGGGGAUUGAAGGACAGAUUAGAGGGUUUAAACAUCAGCUAUCGGCCUCGCCUCGCAUCUUUACACAGCCUCCUGACGGGACCUGUUGCAGUAACCGGUGACCUGAAGCUUGUCGGAUGUGGCGUUACGUGCCCAUGUAGACAUUCACAUGUUUCCUGAGUUCACUCAUACUGGAAGAAACAGGACUUGUCGACAAGAAGGGAAAGGAAACAAACGGGAACAAGUUGAAAGCGACAGGGAAUAAUCGCGAGUGACGGACCAUUUGGAACAUACAGAACGGACCCCUUGUCAUACACAAGCUCAGCAUUUGGUUUAACGGUUGAACUCGGUUUGUUAUAACCGUACAUCCACGUGCUGUGUUAUAACUCAGAUUUAUAACUUACAGUCUGUGUUGUGUUAUUAAGAAAAGAGACUGAACGAGCCAUAAAAAUUAUGGACGUUCACAAGUGGUGUCGUCUGUCUACAGUGUUUGCCUUCAAGGUGUAAGCUAUUCUCGUUCGACCUGACCUCGAUCUUGAGUCAGACUUCGAGAGUUUUUGAUAGAAUACAGUCAAGCUGAAUCGUGCCCUUGUCAAUAGACAUACUGAAGAACUGUUUGCUGUCUGUUAAAUCGAUCUCAUGAACGAUUUUUGACCUUCAUUCACGGGUGUGCACGGCAACAACGUCGCUAGCUUGGAGAUAUUGCAUAUUGUGUAGAUAUUAAUUUGGGACAAAACUCUUGUAUUAAUUUCACCAGACCGGCCUUGGCUUAACAUGGCAGAUAGUAACUAAAUCUGGAGUUUACUUUUUCAAGCGGAAUGACACACACGAGGCUGAGGGAAGCAGACAACAGCCGUUUGAAUGACCUGAUCUUCUGGGAUGGCACAUGAGCCAGUCUCGCCGGAAAUAAAUAAGUUGUGUGGUGCUUUGAACCUUCACGAUCUGAACCAAUCCAUUACAAAGGAACAACUAGCAGACAUCUCCCAAGUAUUGCGUCUUUCGUCGGACGAACUGGACAUCAUAUUCGACGCCUUGGACCACGAUAACAAAGGGCAUAUAACUCUAGAGGACUUGAGAUUUGAAAUAGCGGACAAUAAAAGUUCGACCCCCACAAAAAGGCGCAUAUCACAAGGACAUACAAAUUGGACGGACAACAGGGCAUACAUAAACCUAUCCCCGGAGGAUCUUGAUGUGGGUGUCUUCUCGGAGACUAGCCAGGAGCAGGUGAUCGAGUUGUACCAGACGCUGCACGCCAGCGAGAACCCGGAGUUGCUGACUCAGUUCGAGAACAUCAUCCUGGGGGUCAUCAAGGACAUCCGGGUAUACCAGCAGGAGAAUGACAGGCUGGAGAAGACCUUCAAGAGGGAGAAGGAACAGCACGAGCGCCACCUGCGGAGUCUCGAGGACGAGAUGGAUGUCCACACACAGAAAGUGGAAGAACGCGUCAAAAAGGCGGAGAUGGAGAGAUCCGACCAGGAGAAGGCAGAGAUGAAGCAGCUGAUGGAUGCUGAGAUAGCCAUGCUGCAGCAGAAUCUCAAGAGGAUGCAGAGCGAGGGUAUCGACAGGGUUGGCCGGGAGACGGAGGAGUACAUGUGCAGUCUGAAGACACGUGUGGAGGAGUAUCAGCUGGAGAACAGACAACUGAGGAGCGAGCUGACAGACACGCAGACAAACCUGGCGCUGGUCAAGGGGGAGCUGGUCUCUACCAAACAGCAGUUCCACGAGAAGAGCCGGGAGUUGGAAGUAGAGAGGACGACAGUGAUGGAUUGCAUUCGAGAACAAGACAACCUCACACGUCAACUUCACAUAUUACACGAGACCAACCAGAAACUUCUCGACGCAAACGACAACCUGCGAGAAUCACUGGAAACGUCUCAAAAUAAACUGACGUGCCAUAAACGAACACUGUCCAAUGAUUCUGCGGCCAGUGGACGCAGCACUUCGCCCCGACCCCCCAGGAAAGGCUCAGUGAUGAGCGACUAUUUCGAAACCGCCGGCCCUCAAUAUCACCGAACUGCCAGUGUCAACUCCUCGCUGGCCGAGGAGAUCUGUGAAUCGGAACUCAAUAUGAUGCAGGUGUCGUCGGUGUCGCCCUUACGACGACUUCGUCACUUGGAGAGCUGUGAAGACGAUGAAAUGGUCGUGGGCUUUUCAGACAGUGGUCAUUCCACCAUGCGGGACUACAACGAGCCGGACACCGAGUCGGAAUGCCUGAGCUACGAGAGCGAUGCCCGUUCACUCCCCCGGCGGCCGAAGCGGUUAAAGCCAGGCAAUAUGCUGGAGGAGGAGGAGUUCGACUCCCACGACGAGAUGGAAACAGAUGCAGAGACCGCCAUGGAAAGGUCAGAGGCCGAACUCUUUAGGACCAUGCAGAGUAAACGCCUCAGCUCCUCCGGAAGUCGAGGGUCACGUGGCAGUCUCCGAUCUUUGCCGACCAAUGACACGGGAAAUAACCGAUCUCCGAAAGGAAAUCGUGGAUCCACAAGACGACAUAUGCUGACAUCUCCCGAACAGGUACUAAGCGUUAAGGUAUCGAAGGAACCAGAGAGGAUGUACAAGGUCGUCCUUGCCGGAGAUGCUGCGGUCGGCAAGUCCAGCUUCAUCAUGAGGCUGUGCAAGGGCAAGUUCGUCAACAACCUCAGCUCCACACUAGGUGUGGACUUUCAGACCAAGGUGAUUGAAGUUGACGGCCGCACCAUCGCUCUUCAGCUCUGGGACACAGCUGGACAGGAGAGGUUUCGGAGUAUCGCCAAGUCCUACUUCCGGCGUGCCGACGGCGUUCUGCUGCUGUACGACUGCACCUACGAGCGUUCCUUCCUCAACGUCCGCGACUGGGUGGAAGCUGUGGAGGUUUGUAGACAAGAUGGCGCUAUGAAGAAGAUCCCUAUCAUGUUCUGUGCCAACAAGACUGACAUCAGGGACGAGAUGCAGCAACAGGGCCGACGAGUUGUCCGGUUUGAAGACGGGUCAAGGCUCUCAAGGGAAUAUGAAGGAUUGUUUAUCGAGACAAGUGCUAAGGACGGAUCAAAUAUACAAGAGGCAGUCAUAGAACUAACUAGAUUACUGCGCACGAAUGAGGACAUAGAGGUGAAGAACGUGGGCAUGCAGCUACAGGACAUGAAGAUGGUGAAGAAAAGCACCUCCUGCUGCAGCCGAUAAGGCGGAAAGACACACAGACAGACGGACGUUUAGUGCAAUGUGGGAUGUCGUAAUUCCAGGCAUAUAUCUGUUACAUCCAAUUCGAAACUGUUCAUGUGACAGUAUGUGGACACAGUGUAAAUAUAGAAUAUUAUUUUCUUAUAAUUGCAUUAAGAAGACACCGAAAGUGAAAUGCCGUUAAUCGGGAUAUGUUGUUUCCGGACAAUACUGUUACAUAGACAAGGAGAUGUUGUCACAAUCCUGAUUCGUUAAAGGAAGCCACCGAGCGAUACAAGAAGGCUGGAAGACCUAAAGUAACACGUGACCAACGUACGUCAGGAAUGUCUUUUCUGCACACGACACCAGCGUUAGGUCUGGUUUAGAAAAAAACAACAAAAACAGCGAAGAUAAAAAUAGGAAGAUAACGGUAACUACGUUUUGUGUUCAGCCAAGCUUAAAAUGACCGCUCGGUGGGUGUCUUUUAUCUGAAAGUUUUAUCAUCGGGACGAUUUCACUGGUAACGGGAUUGUAUUGUAUAUACCCGCUUACUAUGAGGUCAGUGGGACAUUCAAGAAAUAUAUGCAAGCACGUCUAAUCCAAUAAUAUAUGCCAAUUAUAAGACACACGUAUCCAAUUCACAUGCUUUAAUAUCCCCCAGUCAUGCUUAUACUGGCUUUAUUUGAGUGCUUCCAUAUUACAUAUGACUAGACACAUACCUUUGUACCUUGUAUAGUGUUAUUAAUGUACAUAGUUGUUAUUUGUCUCACAGAUUAUCAAUUUCUGCUUAGAUUUGCAAAAUAUAAUGCAUAAUUCAAUUUUACUGACAUGUAUGAUCCACAGUUUCUCGUGACCUAUGUAUGAAUAUGAUUUAAUUUGUUCAUCAAUUUAGUUUUCUUGCGAAGGGACGAAGGGAGAGGGGGUGCGGUGGGGUUGGGCGUGAGAUUGGGAGUUGGGGGAGGUCAUAAAUGGGGGUGGGGGGUGGGGAAGAGAAUAUGAUACAGUCCUAAGGCCAAUCUCACCGCCCCCUCACCUAUAAUAAAACCCACUUCCCCAGUCCAGUUUUCCGAUAUUUGCUUAUAUUCGGUGUUAUUAAACUUAACUUAUAUCUUGAUAAAGUUCCAAAUUUAUCUCAGUCGGCGUUGGUCUCCACAUCUAUAUAUGUAAAUACUUUAGAUAUGUUUUGAUACUGAAGAUUUACCUGAUAUUUAUAUUUAUAGUUUUCACUAUAGUUUUAGGAGUAAUUACUAUCAUUCUAUUUUGUACGUGAUCUUGUAAUUAGCGGGACAAUAUCGACCAUGUUUAACGGAUCAUAACGAAUCUCAGUGUCCAUGAUGGAUCUCACGACUUCCACUGUGGCGUGAAGCGUACUGUUUUACAGAGGAAAUACGGCCCAGGUAUUCAUAUUCCUUUCCGGCUAACUCAGUUUUUCCUAUCCAUAUAUAGGUUUAUUAAUAGCCUUAUGUCCCUUGAAAUAAAUACGCAAUUGUAGGUUUGUAUUGAUUAACUAAAGCUUAUUGACAAAGCAUCAACAUAUUGGUUCGUUACCAAUACGAUCUGGCUGGCCACUGAUCUGAUUUCUGUUAGCUGUGAUAGCCUUUACACAGUCAUCUAGACUGUACACAGUCGCCUGACUGUGGAGUUAUUCAAUUAGUUCAUAAUAACCUGCGUUCCUAUUAUUUGCAUGAGGUAUUACCUUUUUAAUGUAUUUGGGAAUAAUUGUGAAACGAGGGGAUUCCAAAUGUCGAUUUUGUCAAUUUAUUAAAAUUUAUGUUUAAUUAUGAAUUGAAUGGACAACAUGCUGAUAGUCGGUUCAGUAAUUUGUAUCAUUUUGAUCAAUGAGAGUAGGAAGAAGUAAACAUUGCCACGUUUCUACUUAUCAUACAUUCAUGAUGAUUAUUAUUCAGCAUUAACACACGAUUAGUCAUACGGUUGUCCGUCCAAAGUAUCAAAAAACUAACGUCAUGCAGAAACUAUACCUCAGAAACAUUCAUUAGUAUAUUUAUUUGUAGAGUGUAUAUUAAUCAUUAUCAUCGUCACCAUGACAACUAUUUAUUCCACGUUUUAAGAAUUCCACUUUGAAGACAUCCAUCCACAUUUUCCUUACCCCUGCUACCAAAUGCUACGCACAACAAAACCCAUUCACAGUGAACCCUCAAUUACUCGGCAUCGAAUUAUCAUGCCGACUGACCUGAACAUAGAUACUAGUGUAGAGAAAGAGCUUUGGUGUGAUGAGGCUGGUUAAUGAGAAUUCAUAUAAAGCGAAACCCCUUCAGCCUGGACCCUCGAUAGUCCGGACAUCCUGUUAGCCCGGACGUCGAUAGUCCAUACAACCCGUCAGCGAGACCUUGAUAGUCAGGACACCCCGUUAGCAUGGACGUUGAUAGUCCGGACACCCUGUUAGUCGGACCUCGAUUGUCCGGUCACCCCGUUAGCCAGACCUCGAUAGUCCGGACACCCUGUUAGCCUGGACGUCGAUAGUCCAGACACCAUUUGAGCCUGGACGUCGAUGGUUCGAUCACACCGUUAGCCGGACAUCUAUAGUACGGACACCUCGACAGUCCAGAUACCUCGAUAAUAUGGGCGAAUACAUUUACGGAACGUUUAUAGAGUGUUAAAGAAGCAUUUCUGUGUUCUCUGAUUUGUUACUCUAGUUUGUUAGCCUAAACGAUUUCAUAUAUAGGCCCCAUCCGGCUUAAUGAGGUUUCAUUGGCAGUGAUUAUGGUCAAGACGAUUCGUUCUAGUCCGGUUCCGUAAUCCAUGAAAACUCCAAUGACUCAAGUCACUGAUGUAUGCAAAAGUCCCGUUCUAUGACAUCGUUUCAGAGGGGUAGAGGUGUCUUAUUUGUAUCAUGAAAUUGGUAGAUUUUCAAUGUCCAAUGUACGGCCUCUGUCGCAGGAAGAUCAUGAGAGAAUAAUUUCGUGGUACAUUGCAGAACCAUAUGUGUUUGGAACAGUUCAUACUUUUGGCGUAGGUAAUUGAGCGUGUAGGACUUGAUUUGCAGAAAGUGCAUUAUUGAGCAGUGGAAAGAAGCUUGUUCGUCACUAUUUACCCAUAUUUGAAAGUACCGUUAUGUUCUUACCGAUUCCUUAUUGACCUGUACAGAUCCAUAGAGUAUGACGCCAGCGUUCCUGUGAUACAUGUUUCGGUGGUUUUAGAACGGACUUUCUAAGCGUAUACCUGUCUCAAGGCGGAGGGACAAAGUUCUGUAAAUACUAAGUCUCAAUAAAAUAUAAAUCCUUA